AUGACGCCGUCGCGACCGACGCCCCAAAUUUCCCAAAGAGCCAUUCUCAGUACCGAAGAUAGCUUGCAGUCAUCCCAGGCUGUUCCUCCUGCUGGCCAGAUAUCUCCACAGGCUGUCGCUCCGCAGAUUGUGCAGCCAACUGACUCUAGUUCUCUUUUGGUAGGAUAUAAUGAGCCUGAUGAGGAGUUUCAUUUUAUCGUUUCACAUUACAGCGACGCGUCAAGCGUUUGGGUUGAAGGCUCGGAGCCACCGACUUGUGCCGAGUCCUGGUUGGAGUCUCGGAGAGCCCAUGUUUUCGAUGUUCUGCCUCCCUAUGAUCAACCCAGGUGUAAGGAUGACUCUGAGGUACCGAUCACGUCUAGCCGCUCUGUUGACUAUUUGUCACACCGGUGGAUCGAUGAGGAGAUUGGUCCAUCAUGGAAGGCAGUCAGCUCGGCGAAAUCGCUCAUCAACAAGGGUCGCCUGGAGAAUGGCAUCUGGAGAGCAUGGACAAAGUUCAAGAACAACUUGUCAACAAUCCCACCGGAGGAAAUAAACUGGUUCAAGGAUUGCGAUGUCACCUGGCUCUACGGACCCCUCUAUCCAGACUCUCAAUCUCACCCUACCGAUUGGCAAACCGAUGACAAGUCUAUUCUGAGACGACACCGGACAUUUUAUUCUGAAUUCUCAUCCCGAGGGAAGAAACCGAUCGACCUUAAAGUUCGUAUUCGGGAAGAGGUGGAAGUCAUUGGCCAUGAUGGUGGUAUUGGCUAUUUCGAGGACGAGAAUGAUGAUGACACCACAAUUAAGAAGUAUACAGAUACCGCAUUGUAG